AUGUCGCUAUCCGUAAAUUUAAAUCGUUUUAAAAUAUUAAAAUGUAAAUAUGAGAAAUACGCCCAGCUGGAGUUUAGAGGUCACAUCAAAUACUCCGUGGUGCUUCUCGAUGACCAGGAACUUGUCAACGUCAACCAAAAAUUCGAAUGGCCCGUUUCCACUCCCGUUACGGCGGGGGAAGUCCUCACCGUUACCCUGUUGAUGCGGGUGCGGUUUGGUAGUUCUCGGAAGGUCGGUGUAUAUCGCCUCGGCUUGGAUAUCGUGGCCGCAGAUGGACAGAUCUCCGUGAUUGAUACUCUGCUCGAUGACCGGAACCAAGCUGUACCAGCAUUCGUCGAAAUGGACGUGUACUACACACCACCGGUACCGGCGGAAAUUACCCAUGAAGAUGAAACCAGCGCACGGAUCAUCGAAUUGCCACCUCGGCAGAACGCCCGAGCUCAGCUGCCUCAGACACCACCACAAAGGACACGGCCUUCACAGCCGCCACACCUUAUACCGUCUGUGCAUAUCAGUCGACGCUCGUCCGGACAGGGUUCUUCGAAGGAUUCCUCACAGAUUUAUAUACCACCUGCUGUCCCGGGCACCUCUUCACAGAGCUCUGCGCCACAAUCCGACGGCGAUGAUGAUAAUGCUCUCGAAAACUUGCAGAGGAACAUAGAAUCUUUGGAGACCUCCAUCAAAAUGAAAAACACAAUUAUUGACAUAGAUGCUGGAGAUGAGAGAGAGUCGCGCACGCGUAGACUGAAAAGUGCUGGAAAACGUAUUUUACGACGCGGCCUGUCCAUGGGUGUCAAUAAGAAUGAAACAGGUCCACCGGAAUCGCCAAACAAGCGAUCAACUUUAAAGACGAUGAAGAAUCUCAUGCGACUGGGUCGCCGCUAUCGCAGCGCUGGUGAUGAGGAGCAGGGCCUUUUGGAAAUGCCUGGAACAUCCACUGAUAUGGAUAGACCGACGAGCCAGACCUCAAUGUCUUCUGAUGAUAAUAUAUUCGUAGACACUCGCUUACCUGCCUCUAUACCAAGAGCAAAGAGCAGGCGUCAUGCUAUGAUAGAAGACACGUCUGAACCAGUAGCUCUGAAGGCUGCUGAUUUUCAAGUCUGCGUCACGAUCAUUGAAGCAAGGCAGUUGGCUGGCCUGAACAUGGAUCCAGUAGUUAGUAUCCAGAUUGGCGAAGUCCGCAAAUACACAAGCGUCAAAGAGAGCACAAACUGCCCUUAUUACAACGAAUACUUCGUUUUCGACUUUCACAUGGCUCCGGUUAUGCUGUUCGACAAGAUCAUAAUUCUAUCGGUGCUGCACUCACGUCGCAUCCUGCGUUCCGACAAGCUGCUCGGAAUUUUCAAAUUGGAUGUUGCGACUGUAUGGAAUCAGCCAGACCGUCAAUUCUACCAUAAGUGGGCAUUGCUUACUGACCCCGAUGACAUGGCUGCCGGUGCGAAGGGCUAUCUCAAGUGUGACAUCACCGUUAUCGGAAAAGGAGAUCCUAUCAAGAUACCUCCCAAGAGUGACAAAGACGAUGACGAUAUAGAAGCGAACCUGUUGCUACCGGAUGGUGUGCCCCUCGAGCGUCAACGUGCUCGCUUCAUAAUAAAGGUUUACAAGGCCGAUGGCCUUCCAGAGAUGAACUAUUCCAUCAUGGCAAAUGUUAAAAAAGCAUUUACUGGAGAGAGGCAAGAUCUGGUAGAUCCUUAUGUACACGUCUCCUUCGCCGGUAUGAUUGGUUACACAUCGGUGAAGAAAAAUUCAUACAACCCACUAUGGAAUGAGCAAAUAGUAUUUACGGAGAUGUUCCCGCCGCUGUGCCAGCGCAUCAGGAUACAACUCAGAGAUAACCACCCAGUACAUCCGAGUGUCAUCGGCACCCAUUUCAUCGACCUAAGAACUAUUUCCUACGAUGGAGAUGGAGGUUUUUUACCAACAUUCGGACCAUCUUACAUAUAUAUGUACGGAUCCACUCGUGAUUACACCCUAUUAGAUCAGCAUUCCGGUCUAAAUUUGGGAAUGGGAGAAGGCGUUGCAUAUCGAGCUCGAGUUCUCGUCUCAAUUCGUACUGAGAUCAUCGACAGUUUCGAAUUUCCAUCGUCGAAUGUCGUGAUUGAACCGAUUAUACCUAUACAUGAAGCUUCGUACGAAAAAAACGAGCAAUUUUUCUUAUUUGGAUGUAUAUACGAUGUUCACAUGAUCGACAAAAGUCUUGUUGACAAGCCGAUUCAUUUUGAGCUGAGCAUCGGUAACGCUGGAAACACUAUUGAUGGCCGUAAUCAAUCCUUAAGAAGACCUCAAGAUUUAGAUAACGUCGAUCUCGAUGAACUAAGUUCAGACACGGGUUACUGGCAGAGUACAACAGUACCCGUCAAAGCUGUUGCUUGUGGUGACAAGCACUACUAUUAUCUGCCAUAUUGGGACACCAAACAGUGCAUGCAAGUCCGCAGUAUUUGGCCGGAUCAUCGCCGGCGCAUGUACAACUCUAACCUAAUUGCGAACAUCAUUGACCUCUUUGAUGAGGGGCUCGCGGACGCUAGUACAGCAUUGCAUAGCGAUGAAGGUCCCGACAAUACUUGCUUGGCCGGUCUGAAGUCAGCCUUAGAGGCUGUGAGCGUGGCUUGUGCCAACUACGUAAAACAUAUGAAUAACUCACCACCGAUUGGCAACACUAAGCUUGACCGUGAAAGACAUAAAUUAUGCAUAUCAGAAAUUGAUCAAAUUGGCGUUUCGACGAGAAGUCUAAAGGCGCUAAUAACGAAAAAUUCCUUAAAAGAACGCCUGCGUACUGCGUACUCAUAUCUGAACAGGCUGAAGCACAUAUGUGAAGAUGCGCAACAAGCCAUGCCAGAUGUUUUUCUUUGGAUGAUAAGCCAAGGAAAGCGUCUCGCUUACCAAAGGUUCAGUGCCAGAGAUCUCAUAUAUUCAGAAAGUCGAGAUGAAACUGGACGAAUGUGCGGAAAGAUACAGUCAAUGUUCAUGAAGUGGCCUGGAAAACGGGCAUCUCUACCAAGUGGAUGGGCGGUACCGGCCAAGGUCAAUGUAUACUUAUGGCUCGGUGUCGUUCAAGACAAGAAACAUUACAUAGAUGGCCUUCCCCAAGGCUUUGAAUAUAAUAAUGAAUUAAAAAAUGCUGACAAACUAAGAUCUAAUGCUCCUACUUCGAUAUAUUAUAUUGAAAAACAUGUUUUUCAAAUGCGGGCCUAUAUUUACCAAGCUAGAUCGCUAAUAGGUUCAGAUUCUUCAGGAUUAUCAGACCCUUUCGCAAGAGUAGUCAUCGAAGAAUGCAGCGCUACAACGAAAGUUAUUGAUGAAACAUUGAGCCCGACUUGGGAUGAACUUCUCGUUUUUCAAGACAUUACAUUAUAUAGUACCAUGGAUCAGAUCAAAACAGAACCCCCUACCAUCGUUGUCGAGAUAUUUGAUCAAGAUCAAGUUGGUAAAUCCGAAUAUAUUGGGCGUACGAUUGCUAGACCACAUGUAAAAGCUUUUAAUGAGCUAUAUGAGAAACCACAAUUUCCACCUUCCUUGGAGUGGUAUGAGAUCACGCGAGGUGAUGAUGGAGCCGGGGAACUACUCGCUACGUUUGAACUUCUUGAAAUACCACCUAAAGAAUCAACUUUAAGCUUGCCAGAGCUUCCUCCUCCUAAGGAGAUUCCGGAAAAUCAACCCCUUGAAAUACGAUAUCCUGUUCCAAAAGGAAUACGUCCAACUUUAUCAAAAUAUCGUAUUGAAGUUUUGUUUUGGGGCUUGCGUGACGUAAAGCGCAUUCAUCUUCUAACAGUAGAUAGACCCAGAGUGGACAUUGAAUGUGCUGGACACAUUAUAUAUUCUACCGUAAUACAAAAUGCAAAACGGAACCCAAAUUUUUCAUCACCCGUGAAGUACAUUGACGUCGAGCUUCCGGAUCAAGACCUAUAUCGACCACCCCUGACUAUUCGAGUUGUAGAUUGCCGCAGUUUUGGAAGAGUAACACUUGUCGGAACGCAUACUAUCAACUCAAUACACAAAUACAUCUACACUCCGAUGAGCAAACGCGAGAGAGAUAUUGAGGAACGCAAAAAGUCCAUGAUUCAAUUACAUAAUAUUGAUUUACAGGCUAAUUGCAUUAUUCAAGAUGAUGUGUAUAUAGUUGAUAACGACAGGGAAAGCUGUCCUUUACUCUUUCACGAUGGUCGUGUGACUAUGCCCUAUGGCUCUAGAAGGCCAGGGGUGGCUAAAAAAGUAAUGAAGUUUGAUGGUGGCAAAAACCGAAAACCUAGUACGGUGUCAGUAAUAGACGAUGACGACGGCAACAAAGAUUGGUGGACAAAGUAUUUUGCAUCUGUUGAGUUCUUGAUUGAGGAAGAAAAAGAGAACAAGAGGGAACGUCAAGGAAACAUUCAAACACCUCAACUUACAUAUGUUGACGAAACACGUUCCCCCCGAGAUGAAGUUCAAUCUCCUCGUUCCGAACGAGGAACCAAUCGUCGGUCAUCAGCUCCUACGAGAGCCAAAAUAAUACCUGUUUUGACCAAGAAGAAUGAAAUUCCACGUUCAGCUUUGACAAGAAUAAUACCACACGAACUUGAGGCUGUGCCUGAAUACGAAGGAUUCAAAGAAUGGCUACAGUCCUUUGAACUAUAUCGAGGCAAGAAAACUGGUGAUGAUUCAGAAGAUGAUACUCGCAUAGUCGGAGUCUUUAAGGGCGCAGUUAAAGUUUAUAAAUGGCCUCUUCCGAAAGCAAUAGACGAUUGCACAAUAAUGGGAUUUGACCCCAACCAUGGAUUUUUCCAAGGCGUGCCGAAUAACGAGCCCAUACAUGUUUUAGUACGAGUAUACAUUGUUAAGGCUACUGACCUUCACCCGAUGGACUUGAACGGGAAGGCUGAUCCAUACAUAGUGCUACAACUGGGCUCAAAGAAAAUUAGUGAUAAGGAAAAUUAUGUGUCGAAGCAACUAAAUCCAGUCUUUGGCAAAUGUUUUGAAAUCGAGGCCACGAUUCCUCAAGAUUCUAUGCUGACUGUACAAGUAUAUGAUUGGGAUUUACUCGGUUCCGAUGAUUUGAUCGGUGAAACCAAAAUCGAUCUUGAAAAUCGCUUUUACAGCCGCCACAGGGCAACUUGUGGGUUGCCCAAAAAAUAUGAGGAGCAAGGAUACAAUCGAUGGCGCGACGCAAUGAAACCUACUCAGAUAUUGGCCAAACUUUGCAAAGACGGCAAAAUCGACCCACCGAUAUACGAAUACGGUCGUAUUAAAGUUGGCCGUACAAUAUUUAACAUGCCAUUAAAUGAUACUGAGCUGUUUUCUGACCCGGAUACAAUGGAAGAGCAGAUGGCAUUGGUAGUGCUACAUCGUUGGGACGAAGUACCUCGUAUAGGAACUAAACUAGUAACUGAACACGUGGAAACUCGGCCUCUUUACAAUCCAAGUAAACCAGGGAUCGAGCAAGGUCGUCUUCAGAUGUGGGUAGACAUGUUCCCGAUGGACAUGCCACUGCCAGGACCACCACUAGACAUUUCACCUCGCAAGCCCAAGUCCUACGAGAUGAGAGUAAUCAUUUGGAAUACCGAUGACGUUGUGCUUGAAGACGACGCUUUCUUCACAGGCGAGAAAAUGUCUGACAUUUACGUAAAGGGGUGGCUUAAAGGACCUGACGAUUGCCAGAGUACAGACAUACACUAUCGCUCUUUGACGGGUGAAGGCAAUUUCAAUUGGCGUUUUAUAUAUCCAUUCGACUAUCUCGAAGCCGAAGAACGUAUAGUCAUAUCACGAAAGGAAACUGUUUUUUCAUGGGAUGAAACAGAAUGCAAGAUACCAGCACGACUUGAAUUGCAAGUUUGGGAUGCUGAUCAUUUCACAACUGAUGACUUUUUGGGUGCUAUAACCCUGGAUCUAAAUCGAUUCCCACGCGGAGCUAAAUCUUCUAAGCUGUGCACACUGCAAAUGCUGAGCAACGACGGAUCAGUCCCAAUGGUGAACAUUUUUAAGCAAAAACGUGUUAAGGGGUGGUGGCCAUUCUAUAUUAAAGGUGACACUGAAGAAAUGGAACUCACUGGAAAAGUCGAAGCAGAGAUACAUCUGUUGACGCGAGAGGAAGCCGAUAAAGUACCAGCUGGGUUAGGACGUAGCGAGCCCGAUCCUUUGGAUAGACCAAAUCGCCCGGAUUCCUCGUUCAUGUGGCUCUUCAACCCGCUGAAGUCUCUUCGUUACAUCAUGUGGCACAACUAUAAAUGGGACAUUGUUGCAUAUGGAUGCUUUAUUCUCGUGGCCAUCUUGAUACUUUCGUUUGUAUAUGCCUUCCCUGGCUAUAUUGUCAAGAAAUUCGUCGGAGCUUAGGACAUGAGAAUGAAAGUAAAGGAAACCGUUUACAAGAUUACUUUAAAAAUUAUAAAAAAUUAUUGAU